UGGCGGAAAUUGAGAGGCGGCCCAAAGAAGGCGCGGUCUCCUAAACUCAUGGCUACCCUGCUGUGGGCACGAUAUGUGGUUUUGCCAUCACAGUGUCGCCAGCUCUGGCAUCUGUUCCCUCGUAGCCAUGGGUUCUGGGGUCCGGCGGAGAGGCCGAGGCCGCGGGACGGGCGCUGCUGCCCCGGGAGUCGAGCCUUCAGCGUCGCGCCGCCACCGCCGGGGGCCACCGGGCCGGAGCCCAAGGGCGACCAAGCCGGGUCGCACCGCAGGAAGCCCGGGCCUGUUUCUUGGAAGUCUUUAGCAAUCACUUUUGCUAUUGGAGGAUCUUUAUUGGCUGGAAUGAAGUUCUUCAAGAAAGAAAAGAUAGAAAAACUAGAGAAACAACGACAUCGCAGCCUUGGGAAGCCUUUGCUAGGGGGACCAUUUUCCCUCACGACUCACGAUGGAGAGCCCAAAACUGACAGGGACUACCUGGGUCAGUGGGUGUUGAUAUACUUCGGCUUCACUCAUUGCCCUGAUAUCUGUCCAGAGGAACUAGAAAAAAUGAUUGAAGUCGUGGAUGAAAUAGAUAGUAUUCCAUCCCUGCCUAAUUUAACUCCACUUUUCAUCACAAUUGACCCAGAAAGGGACACAAAAGAAGCCAUCGCGACUUAUGUGAAAGAAUUUUCUCCCAAGUUGGUUGGUUUGACUGGCACAAAAGAAGAGAUUGAUGGAGUGGCUAGAGCGUACAGGGUGUAUUACAGCCCUGGCCCUAAGGAUGAAGACGAGGACUACAUAGUGGAUCAUACAAUAAUAAUGUACUUGAUUGGACCAGAUGGAGAAUUUAUUGAUUAUUUUGGCCAGAACAAGAAGAAAACGGAAAUAGCUGGUUCAAUUGCUGCACACAUGAGGUCACACAUGAAACAGAGGUAGCCACAGUGGUAUCGCCAGAUGCAGGAUUGUCUUGCUGAAGAGAAGGCUUUGUCUCCAGAGGACCGUGUGUCUAAUGUAACUUACAGCAUGGCCUUCAU